CAUCUCUAUCUCUCUAAAGUUUUUUCUUGAAAUAAAGAGCUUGUAAUUUUCAUAUUAUAUUUUCAUAUUAUAGUGAGGGAUUAUCCUCAGCCAAAUCAAAUUCAGUACAAGUCAUGCAUGUCCGUUCCUUGACGAUGAAAUCGGUUGUGAGAUGUCUCCUGGUUGUGCUAACGGUGAUGGUAACGAAUAUAGUGGAGCCAAUAGCUGGAAAAGUUAAAAAUCAACAGAUUGAACUCAGGCUUAAGCAACUCAACAAGCAAGCUCUUAAAUCCCUCGAGAGUUCAAACGGUGAAAUAAUUGAUUGCAUAUCUAUUGCGAACCAACCAGCUUUUGAUCAUCCCAUGCUCAAAAACCAUACGAUUCAGAUGACACCUAGUUCUUAUCCGCACGAGGUUUUAACCGAAGAAGACAAUGCUCCAACACCAAGCAACGACGAAGAACAACCAGAAAAUACAGUUCAGCCUUGGCAACUGGUAGGAGAGUGCCCUGAAAACACUAUUCCAAUCAAAAGAAUAACAAAAGAAGAUCUUCUAAGAGAAGAUAAUAUAAAGAAUCACGGGAAUAAAUCGAAUAUCUCUCAGCCUCAUCAAUUCUAUCACCCGAAGGAUACCACUAACUAUAGUGGCCACGAGUAUGCGAUCACAUCUGUUAGUGAUGGUCCUUACCGCGGAACUAAAGCACAGAUAAACGUGUGGAAACCACGGGUCCAAGAAGUAGGAGAAUCCAGUAUAUCACAGAUAUCCAUCAUAGGAGGAAAAUUUGAUGCUGGUUUGAAUUCAAUACAAGCUGGUUCGCAUGUCCACCCGGCUCUAUAUGGUGAUGACAAUCCUCGAUUUUUUAUUUACUGGACAAGAGACAAUUACCAGAAUACAGGAUGCUACAAUCUCAGGUGCCCCGGCUUUGUUCAAAUUAACAAAAAACUGACCCCUGGUUAUUUGUUAACACCCAUCUCCACCUAUAAUGGUCCACAAGUUAAAUUUACCAUACAAAUGUGGAAGGAUCCAAAGACAGGAAACUGGUGGUUACAAUUGAAUGAUCAAGAGUUGAUAGGGUAUUGGCCAAAAGAGAUAUUCACAAACCUUGCAGAUGAAGGGGCAAGCGUGAUUGAAUGGGGAGGUGAAGUGGUGAACAAGAAGAAAGACGGACAACACACAACCACUGAAAUGGGAAGUGGACACUUUCCAAGUGAAGGAUUUGGAAAAGCAAGUAGCUUUGAAGUCAUCAAAAUCAUUGAUAUGAAUAAUGGUUUAAUAGAUCCGGUUAAAGUUAAAACUUUAGUGAGUCGACCUGCUUGUUACGAUAUUAAAACAGGUUAUGAUAAAAAAUACGAGGUUUUUUUCUACUAUGGUGGUCCUGGUCGUAACCCGAAUUGUUCUUAGAUACUUCAUAUUUAU